CAUUAUUCUUCAAAGAUUUUUUUUACUCUUUUCGAAUAAGUUGCACUUGAAACUAUUGGAAUUUGUGUUCGAUUUUCCGGAUAAAUCCUUGUAUUUCCUGGUGGCCCAUUCUGCAACGGCAAAUCAUUCUGGGGCGGAGCAAUUUUGAGCCAAAGUAUAAUGCGGAAAUGAUCAUCAUUCCUAAUUCGGGACGGUGAAAUUGAAGGAAAACAAGAUUGGUCCUCUUUGGGCAUUGGAAAGGUUUUGGUUCAGACACGUAAAAUAAGCGAAAGUUUUCUGUGAAGGAUUCUGCCGUAAGCGCCGAGGUAGACGAGCUUGAGGAAGAUGGCCAGUCCAAGGACGCGACGAGUUUUGAGCGAUUUGAAGCCUAAUAACGAAAAUAAUAAAUGCUUCGAAUGUGGCACUCAUAACCCGCAGUGGGUGUCGGUGACGUACGGAAUUUGGAUAUGCUUGGAAUGCUCCGGAAAGCAUCGAGGUCUUGGAGUACAUUUGUCCUUCGUUCGGUCGGUGUCGAUGGAUAAAUGGAAGGAUGUUGAACUGGAGAAAAUGAAAGUCGGUGGUAAUAAGAAUGCACGUACCUUUUUCGACGCCCAGGAUGACUGGGACGAUACUUUGACCAUACAGAAGAGGUAUAACACUCGAGCUGCGGCUUUGUAUCGGGACAAAAUAUCCACGCUAGCGCAGGGGAAAUCGUGGGACCAGGCAUCGGCAAUGGCAAGACUGAAAGACAGUGGAUUCUCUUCCUCGUAUUCGACACAUUCCAAUAGUAGUGCAAACAAUGGGGGAAUGCAACAUUCGAGAAGCAGUGGCUCGAUGCAAUCCAGUGGGUAUUCUUCUUCCUCAUCUGCUGGGGGCUAUCAGAAUGGGGGUGGCUACCAGGACACGAGCUACCAGCAGUUUAGUACUGCAGAAUUCAAGUCACAGAAGGAGGAGUUCUUCAGCAGAAAACAGGAAGAGAACGCUUCCCGUCCGGAAAAUUUACCACCAAAUCAAGGUGGAAAGUAUGCCGGAUUUGGGUACACAAGAGAUCCGCCCCCGAGAAGUCAAUCGCAUGAAUUGUUUGACACCGUUCAAUCAUCGCUGGCUAGUGGUUGGAGCGUCUUUUCGAAGGUGGCCAACGUUGCCAAGGAAAAUGCAAUGAAAUAUGGAAGUUUGGCUUCGCAAAAGGUAGUUGAAGUUUCUGGCACUGUCACUGAUAAGGUUAAAGAAGGAACACUCCUAGAAGGAGUUGGUUCACAGGUUUCAAAUUUCGCUAGCAAGGUGGGAGAUGCCGGUCGCAAAGGUUGGGGCAAUUUCAGUGGUACUGGCAAUUAUAACACCCCUGGAGGAAACGAUCACUACAGCGAUUUUCCGUCGGAUAAUGGAUCUUCUGGUGGUUAUCAACGAUCAUCGUCCAAUGGCAAACUCUCAGGAUACGGCGCUGGUGGUGAUGGUAACAACGAUUGGAAUUCUUGGAAUAACGACGGCAAUUCGAAUGCAGCAAAAUCAUAUCAAAAUCCAGCAAACGACGAGGAUGACGGUUGGACCGGAUUCGAGUCGCACUUGACCUCUACAUCGAAGAGUGAUGGCGGCUAUCAGAAUGCUUCUUUGGGCGCUGCUCAGACAAACACGUCAAGUGACGUCAUGAAUCCGAGCACAUUCGCUUCCUCGAGCCAGCAACAGAUGAGAACCAGCUCUAGCCGGAGCAGCUUGAAGAUAAAGCAAAAUGUCGGUCUAGAGAGUGAUUUCUCGUCGUUGGAUAUUAAGAGCAAAUCUGCGUCGUCUGCUGCCACGAGUAAAAAGAAAGACAACGCAGAGGAUGAUCUAUGGAAUAUGCUGAACAACUAGAAUCUUCAACGAUGGCCUGCGUGCUCACGAGUGCUGGACAGAGGUGGAAUCAUGUCAGGUGACUAUGCCGAUGAUAUUUUCUUUUAUUUUGUAUUGUUUUAGCAUUUGAGGUUUAGAAAAAGUCUAUGCCGUACGUACUUUAUAAUUCCUGAAAACGCUCCCUCUCCGUAUCUGCCCUUAUCUAAUUCAAUUUUAGCAAGAAUGGAAUGCAACCUGAUUAUAAAAACAGAGUAUUUAGCAGAAUAUAAUUAGCAGAAAGUUUAUUAUUUGAAACAGAUGUAAACUUAUAUAAUAUACAAUGAAGAAGGUAACACAGACAACAAAUAGCUCCAGCCGUUUAGAACCCCUUGAUGACACUAAACUAUUAUGAAUCAAUUAAACGGCAGUAUAAAUCAAUAAUAUGAACAAGAAAAGGUAAUGUUACUGUGGUACAUACUAAAAUGCAAUCUAUAUUAUAUGUGCAACCAGAAAAAUAA